AUGCCUCGUCAACAACGCCGUGCCGCUCCCACCCCUGCGCGCAGCGCUCCCAGCCGCCCUACCGCUGCUCCUGCUCGGCCCGCGGCUGCUCCCUCACAGCAGCAGUCGCAGCCUCAUUCGACCGCCGCUCACCCCCCACAGGCCCAGCAGGCCCCUCCUGUGCAGCAGAGCGCUGGCCCUGGACUGUUCGGCCAGAUGGCCUCGACCGCAGCGCCCCCCCCUGCUCAGUCCCAGGCUAUGGACAACGGCCUCUACCAGAGCAACGCUGCCCAGACCUCGUACGAGAACCCCGCCUGUGAGGUUGACGUCCGCAACUUCCGCACUUGUAUGGAUGAGAACCAGGGUAACCUGAGCAUCUGCGGUUGGUACCUUGACCAGCUGAAAGCUUGCCAGGCUGCCGCCAAGCCUUACUAA